UUGCUCCUAGCGCACCGCCAGGACAUGUCUAUGAGAUGAGCAGCAGAGAAUAUACAUGUCCCGGGCUGCGCUGAUUGCACUAGGAGCAGGGCAGCGGCGGGGACAUGUCGGCUUCAUUCAGUCACUGACGGCAGACAACCAAUCGGGCGAUUAUUCGAUAACGGGAUUCAUCGACAACUAAUCCCGAUAUCAAUUACAUCGAUUAAUCGCUGCAGCCCUAGACUCUACCUUCUCUGUAUCUGUUAGAUGGGGGAGGUGCAGGUCCUGUGAUGAUGUCACAAUCAUGUGAUCUGUACAUUGGGGGCGGAGCUAAGCAGAAAGGUAAAGAAUGUGGGUAAAGGACCUAUGAGGAUGGUCAUGUGACAGGAAGAGGCGGAGCUCAGCAAUAGAAGAAGCUGAGACAAAGGCUGAGGUGAAGUCACAUGUGGAGGAAUUUUGUACAGUUAUCACCAGGAGGAUCACAAGAAAAUCCCAGUAAGAAUUCUGAGGGAAACUUCAUGUUAUCCCUGAAUGAUAAAGGAGAAGAUGAAGAUAUGAUGGAGCGCUCCUCAGGAGAAGACCUCCUUACCCCUAAUGUCCAUCCAGAUCUAUCCUAUAAUAAUCCACCUGAUCAUGAGGAACCUUCUCCUGACCAACCACACAUUGUUACCACAAGGACAGAUCAGGAACAUGGGAAAGGUUUAUAUUGUGAGGAAUGUGGGAAAGAAUUUAUUAGAAGAGCUCAACUUUAUAGACACAGAAAAACUCACUCAAGGGAGAAGCCAUAUUCCUGUUCAGAAUGUGGGAAAUGUUUUACAGAGAAAUCAGCGCAUCUUAUACAUGAGCGAAUUCACACAGGAGAAAAGCCAUAUUCAUGUUCGGAAUGUGGGAAACAUUUUACACAAAAAGCAAAUUUGAUUACACAUGAGAGAAUUCACAAAGGAGAGAAGCCAUAUUCAUGUUCAGAAUGUGGUAAAUGUUUUAGAAGUAAAUCAGAUGUUUCAAAACAUGAGAGAAUUCAUACAGGAGAGAAGCCGUUUUCAUGUUCAGAAUGUGGGAAAUCCUUUUCACUUAGACAAAAUCUUGCUACACAUGAGAGAAUUCACAAAGGAGAGAAGCCAUAUUCAUGUACAGAAUGUGGUAAAUGUUUUACAAGUAAAGCUCAUGUUUUAAUACAUGAGAACGUUCACACAGAAGAGAGACCAUAUGCAUGUUCAGAAUGUGGUAAAUGUUUUAAACAAAAAUCUUAUUUGUUUACACAUGAGAGAAUUCACACAGGAGAUAAGCCAUAUUCUUGUUCAGAAUGUGGUAAAUGUUUUACAAGUAAAGCUCAUGUUUUAAUACAUGAGAGAAUUCACACGGAAGAGAGACCAUAUGCAUGUUCAGAAUGCGGUAAAUGUUUUACACAAAAAUCUAAUUUGUUUGCACAUGAGAGAAUACACAAAGGAGAGAAGCCAUAUUCAUGUUCAGAAUGUGGUAAAUGUUUUAGAAGUAAAGCAGAUGUUUCAAAACAUGAGAGAAUUCAUACAGGAGAGAAGCUGUUUUCAUGUUCAGAAUGUGGGAAAUCCUUUUCACUUAGACAAAAUCUUGCUAAACAUGAGAGAAUUCACAAAGGAGAGAAGCCAUAUUCAUGUUCAGAAUGUGGGAAAUGUUUUAGAACUAAAUCAUAUCUUGUUAUACAUGUGAGAAUUCACACAGGAGAUAAGCCAUAUUCUUGUUCAGAAUGUGGUAAAUGUUUUACAAGUAAAGCUCAUGUUUUAAUACAUGAGAGAAUUCACACAGAAGAGAGACCAUAUGCAUGUUCAGAAUGCGGUAAAUGUUUUACACAAAAAUCAAAUUUGUUUGCACAUGAGAAAAUUCACAAAGGAGAGAAGCCAUAUUCAUGUUCAGAAUGUGAUAAAUGUUUUAGAAGUAAAGCAGAGGUUUCAAAACAUGAGAGAAUUCAUACAGGUGAGAAGCCGUUUUCAUGUUCAGAAUGUGGGAAAUCCUUUUCUUUUAGACACAAUCUUGCUAGACAUGAGAGAAUUCACAAAGGAGAGAAGCCAUAUUCAUGUUCAGAAUGUGGGAAAUGUUUUACAAGUAAAGCUCAUGUUUUAAUACAUGAGAGAAUUCACACGGAAGAGAGACCAUAUGCAUGUUCAGAAUGCGGUAAAUGUUUUACACAAAAAUCAAAUUUGUUUGCACAUGAGAGAAUUCACAAAGGAGAGAAGCCAUAUUCUUGUUCAGAAUGUGAUAAAUGUUUUAGAAGUAAAGCAGAGGUUUCAAAACAUGAGAGAAUUCAUACAGGCGAGAAGCCGUUUUCAUGUUCAGAAUGUGGUAAAUCCUUUUCUCUUAGAGAAAAUCUUGCUAGACAUGAGAGAAUUCACAGAGAGAAGCCAUAUUCAUGUUCAGAAUGUGGAAAAUGUUUUAUAACUAAAUCAUAUCUUGUUAUGCAUGUGAGAAUUCACACAGGAGAAAAGCCAUAUUCUUGUUCAGAAUGUGGGAAAUGUUUUACAUGUAAAUCACAACUUUCUAGACAUGAGAGAAUUCACACAGGAGAGAAGCCGUAUUCAUGUUCAGAAUGUGGGAAAUGUUUUAUACAGAAAUCACAUCUUUCUAGACAUGAGAGAAGUCACAUUGGAGACUGAUAGAUGAAAUAAUAAAUGAUAAAAAUAUAAUAAUAUGAAGAAUGGAAAUAUGAGAUCUCAGGUAACAGUAAAAUGUGAUGUUUCUAAGUUGUGUUGUGAGAAUUAACCCUUGAAACUAAAGCCAGUGUCAUUACUGGGUCAUCAGCACCUGGGGUCAUGUCACCUUUUGUAGGUAAAUAAUGGUAAUGAGAAGUAAUAUGUAAUGCUCCCUGCUGACACCUCUGUCCAUGUCAGGAACUUUCUAGAGCAGGAGGAAAUCCCCAUAGCAAAGAUAUGCUGCUCUGGACAGUACCUAAAAGGGACAGUAGGUGUCGGCAGAGAGCACUGUGGUCAAACAGAAAAGAAUUUAAAUAAAAAGAAAAUAAUUUCCUCUGUAGUAUUCAGCAGCUAAUAAGUACUGGAAGGAUAAAGAUUUUUUAAUAGAAGUAAUUUACAAAUCUGU